GUGUCGAUGAGGAUUGGAAAGUGCUCCUGGAAGCCCGCCCUUCCAAGAUGGCCAUGAGCAUGUUGGUAUCCGUGCAAGAUCGGGCCCGCCAGCAACUCUUGCAGAAAGAGUCGUGCGCCAUGCAGGAUGUGGAAGAGCAGCGCCAGGAGGUGCUGAAAGCCGAGUGGACUCUGUUUCGCAAGAGCCUUGAGAAGGACCAGCAAACUUUGCAGCAGGCAGCCGAUGCUCCGCGGAAAGUCAGAUGCUUACAGCGUGCCAGGGAGGUCGAGCAUCGAAAUCAGCAGGCUGCAGACGGGUUGAAGGCAGCGAAGGGCUACCAGGACACGUAUCUUCGCGUCGUGAAGUUGGACAAGAUGGAGCUGGCUACCGGGCAGAUCUCCAAGAUGAAGCUGCAGAUUGCGAAGGAGUGCAAAUGUGCCUUCGAAGACGUGUGCCUGCUGGGGUUUUGCGACCUCAAUGUCCCAUGGGCGAGAACACAGGCUGUUUGCAACUCCUUGUGCAAGGGCAUCUCUAUGAUCAACUCGGAUGGAAAAAGCAUGAACAAUGCCACCUUGCUCCUCCUUCCGGAUUUGCCGAAGGAUAAGAAUCCACGCGGGUUGUACGAUGAAGAGAAGCAAGUGUUUGAGGAGCUGUUCGCGUUGCAUCAGCACGUCGAGACGAGGUUUGUGGAAAACUUCAGCCGGGAGAAGAAAAGUGAGGCCAAAUCCAAUGCUCGAAGAUUCUCCUCGGGUCGCUUGGUCACUGCUGCUGAGAACUACGAGAACAACCUCUGGUUGCAGGGUGAACUUGCUCUGCACGGGCGUCCCAUUGGUGCGAGGGAGCAGGAGGCGGGUGCUCCUACUUGCCUCUUGCCCAAGCAGGCUGAGCUGUUGCUGCCGGAAAGCGGCAGUGCCAAUUCAGAUCUUCGACUCUCGGAUCGGCCAAGGCCCUCCCCAGAACAAACGGCUGCUCAAAAAGGAGUCGAGAGGAUCAAGACUCUCCUGGACGCUUGCAUCCGCGGAGUGUCCGUACCAGGACCUGUUCUCCUGGUCAAUUUGACGGGGUAUGUGGAGGAGACCGGCACAGCCGCGCUUGCCUUGCGGCUUCGAGGACAGAUGGGUGGCGAAGGCUUGCAAGGCUUCCACUACCAGAAGUUGUACUAUCUGUCGCUGCACAGCAUCGACAAGGAAGUUGCUUGGCCAUACGCCAACUCACGGAUGAUCCGGGAGAUCAUGGAUGCUUGGCUGGACAAGAAGUUCAGCCACGCCGGCCUCGCCUACGAUAACUCGAAUGCCGGGUUGUCAGACCAGGAGCUGAAGGGCAUCCCUGGUGCCGGAGUUCUCAAGUCAGCGGACAGUCUCAAGUUGGACGUCACCGUGCGGAGUGGGACCGUCAUUGAGAUCCACCCGGACCACGUCAAGAAGUGGAGCCAAACCGCUUUUGCCGACGAGUUCAGCAAACUUGCGGAGAAUCACUCCUCCAAUUUCAAGGAGUUGCUGAAGCCUGUGUUGGCCGCCUCAUCGAGCUCUCACUCCGUUCCAACAGACGAGCCUGCAGAAGCGGAGGACUCUUCAGAUGUUGCUGCAGCGGGUUCGUCCUCCCUGAGCCUCAAGACCUGGGAGACCUACGACUCCCUUCACGGCGAGGACGAAAUCAGCCACAGAUGUGUGUCCGAGAUUGUUGGAGUGGACCUGCUGAAAAGCAAAGCUGGCCAUUUCUACCUCAUCUCCGAAAAAGGGAAAGUGCUCCCGAAGCAUUCGAUCAUUGGAGGCUUUGGCACCGGAAAGCGGCUCGUCUAA